AUGGCGGAGUCUGAGUGCUGCCGCCGGCGCUCCUCAGCGCUGUCUAACAUGUUGGAGUGGUACUACCGGGACCCUGUGGGCCGCACUUACGGUCCAGUUGACUCGUUCAAGCUGGUAUAUCUGAUCUACGCGAACUACUUCGAGGAGGAUACGCCAUUCGCGUCUUGCUUGCGCGGGAGAAUGACCUCUGCGUACUUCGACCCGCUCCGGAAGUUGCUGCCCAUUUUGGAGAACGACUUCCUAGAGCACAACGAAGAUGUCUUUGCGUGCCAACACUACAUGGAUUCCAUGUUGCAUGCUGAGGAUGAUGCGGUGGACAACGAAAUCAGGGAGGUGGAAGAGCUGCCGCCCACAGCAACCGACGAGCAGCGGCCAGGUUUAUGCGUUACACGCACAUACACAAGUUCGGAUUCGGAUCAUCGUCAUAUGCCUCGUCAGCACAGUAGUGACGGCGGUAUAAGCGCCACUCAGCAGGCUGGGGAUCAGGUAUUUGACGCGGUGCCAGUGGAUGAGCCAGAUUCCCGUGAAACACGCACCAAACCACAGCAACGGCAUGAUACGAGAUUCAUGAUUCCAUCCCUAGAGGACGAAGGACACCUGCAGCCACCCGUGGCUGCGUACCACGAGGAUUACACGUUCGAUUACAACGGCCCCCUCAACGCGAGUAGGGCGGACCUUCACUCCGACAUUGCCAUACCCGUUCGACUGGGCACGGGGGCGUUUAUAGACACUUAUCACGGCAAUACAUUGGGCACUGUACCGUUGGGACGUGGCUCAGCAGUGCCGCGGGAGUUGGAAGUUACACAGGAGCCCCUGGAGCAGCGCUCGACGAAGAACUACGGGCGCAAGACAGAGGUUUUAGACAUGUACGGUACCGGAUAUAAUGUGCCAACUGUGCAUCGGGAUGAUAACGAAACAGCGGCAUUGGGCUCGAUGCCGACAUCAGUUGUGCUCCCGUCAACGUCGGCGGCUGCGCCUUCGGAGGAGGCGGUGCAGCAUAAAAUCGUUAAACGGGGAACGAAAUGUGAUCGGAUACCUGGCACAGUUGCAACAAAUGGUAUACCUCACAAGGCAGAGGAAUCAGCAGACACACCUACGGACCACGCCGGAUACGGUAUUCCGCAGCUGUCGCCCAUCGCAAUACCGCCACCAAAUAUAACCAACUGGCUCGGCGGCACGGAUACUGCGUACACUCCAUACGGGGAUGACGGACAGACUGUACCAGGAGACGACAGCGGCGUCUUUGGUGAGAGGCCGGGUAGACAUAGGCGACAUGAUCCCGUCGCAGAACAAUCUUAUGGCUAUGAUCAUCAGCACAUGACAGCGUCCCGCUCUACGCAUUUGGCCACGUCACUUCAGUCCAUAGACGCGGAGACUCAAACGCAUACCGCCGGUGAAAGCAGAUUAGCGCAGUCCGGGUGGUGGGAAGGCAGUGCUACACAUCACGACGCUUCCUACAAAGCGCACAUUCCACGGCCACCUGGUGUGUACCCUUCUGCUUUACAUACUGCAUCCAUGUAUAAAGACGACUCGGACGUUCCCAAGCCGGACGCGCUUAUGCCCGCUCACCACAUGCUGAUAAAGCAGCGGCUGCAGAGCAACCUGCGGGAGACCCAGGCACACCUAUCGCGUAUCCCGUCCCGCAAGAUAAGCCAUGUUCUCAGCCAGUCGCAUGGAAGGCUGUUCAUGAACCAGUCUGCCCCUGAGGGAGGUGUCUAG